AUGUAUUUACCAGCGCCGGCCACUUCAAAGAUAUGGAAUAAAGGGAGUGCCCGACCGUUGCUGACUCCAUAUACAGUAGCUCGUGGCAUCAUUGUUGUGGUGCUGCUAAUCACCUUGCUCAUAUUUGGACUGUCAACGUUUCUAAAUGCUGGAGACUCGCCGCCUGCCCACGACAUAGAGAAACCAGCUCAAAUAGGUUACAGUGAUUCCGACAUUGACAGUCUCCAUAAGUCAUUGGCGGAGAUUCUCAAACAAAAAGAUUCCGCUGCUAAACUGAAACAGAUCGUGCCACUAUUUAAACAACUACGAUCCAUGGCUGUAUACACGAGUGGAACUGAAUUCAACAUUUCCGACUUCAGGGAAAUGGGAAGACGUGUCCUGACACAUAAAUUAUUAUUCGAACUAUACCACGAUGAACAUACUCUCAAACCCAAACUGGAAAAACUAGCCGAAUGGGCUGAAGUCCCGGCCCUCCUCAAAAGCAUGGAAGUCGACCUCUUUCCUUGGAUGUUUGCCACAAAGAGAUUCACUAGUGCAAAGCAAUUACGAGAUAGUUAUAGUGGACGAGGCAUUGUCAUGACUACUGGUCUGUGGCACUUUAGAUUUGCUCAUCAUGCUGUCUUGGCAUUGAGAACUCUGAUAAAGACUGAUUUGCCCAUCGAGUUGUAUUACGCUGGACGUCACGACUUGCAUGAGGAACAAAUCAAGAUCUUGUCGAAUAUACCCAAUGUAAAGGUGAUUGAUGUCACAAAGAUUCUAGGAGAUGACGGUGGAUUAGGAGGUUGGGCUGUUAAACCAUACUCUAUGCUCGCCUCAUCCUUCAAGGAAAUGAUCUUUCUAGAUGCCGAUGCUCUGUUCCUCAAAGACCCGAGAGCUCUAUACGACUAUGAGAGAUAUGAAGACAGGGGCGCCGUCUUCUUCCAUGAUCGUACUGUAAAAGGAUGGGACAAGAACCUAAAGACGUGGUUUGCAACUCUAGUCAGUGAGCCAUCUGAUACAUAUAAACAAAGCCGCAUCUUCCAAGAACUAUCCAUCCAUGAACAGGAUUCUGGAGUGGUGUUGCUUGACAAGGUGCGGGCCUUCCAUGGAUUGUUGACUGUAUGUAAAAUGAAUGGACAUAAGGAACAUACGGAAGUUUACAAGCAUAUGCAUGGCGAUAAGGAAACAUUUUGGAUUUCAUUUGAAAUGGUACGAGUACCGUAUGCAUUCAACCCCUUCCAUGGAGGUGCAGUAGGCUAUCUAGCACCAGACGGUGCAGUAUGUGGUGGUCUGUUCCAUCCGGACGAACAAGGCCAACCACUAUGGUUUAACGGUGGUGUUUUGGUAAACAAGUAUCAUUCUCUACACAACACACUUAAUUUCACGCAUGCUGGUGUUGAUGCCGCGGGUCGUGGUGUGUCUUGGAGAUGGGAGACGCCCACUACUCCAUUCUGUCUAGAGAUUGAUGCUAAUGUGAAAACGGAUGAGAGGAGGGAGGUUAUAGAGCUGAGUCCGGCACAAAAGGCUCUGACGCUGCAGUAUGUCGAGUUGUGGAAGCAAUGCUGUGACUAUGAGUAG